AUGCUUCUGAUGAUGCGGUGGAGACUACGGUCCAUGAGCACGGUGGUGCCACUGCGCCACCUAUUCACCUUCACCCGCAUCGAGAGCUGGGGCUCCAGGAACUUCUCGGGCAACCAGUCCAAGGAUGGAUUUGCCAACCCCUGGACCUUCAAGGCGACCCCAGGGCGAGUCGACCACACUGCACCGGCUGUCAGAACAGGGUUCUGCUGGCAUCGGUUCCGGUGUCCCACAGUUCCGUCUGGAGAGACCCCGACUGAGACAUAUCAUCGCCUCAAGAGCCUGUACCGGAGAUGGGUUCGUCCCGACCAGCUCACCAAGGAGCAAAUCGGAGAGCUCGUAAUCAUGGAGCAGCUUCUACGUGUACUACCACCCGACGUCCGUACCUGGGUCCGAGAGCAUGAGCCUGAGGAUGGUCUUACCGCGGCCAGAUUGGCGCUGCAGCACCAGAACACUCGUCGAGGAGGACCUCCUCGGUUCACCAGUUCUGCACCACGAUCUUCGCGGACAUGUGCACAUAACUUCCGUGAGCAAGUCAGGACACCAGAGGUAACCCCAGCUCUGCUUCAACUCAGCCAUUGA